AAAGAAGAAAAAAUAUUGUUUCUCAAGUCACUUGUGGAACACUGUCCCCUCGACAAGACAAGACAAGUUUUGAGUCUCUCUCUCUCUCUCUCUCUCCUCGCCGCCUCCCUCCGUCGUGGUAAGACCGAAUCUGUAUCGCCGUGUACUUUUUCCGGAGCUCAUCUUCCUAAUUCUUUCUUCGAUCCUUUCAUGCGGCUUCAUCUGCCACCUUAGUUCUUCGCUGUACAAGCUCGCAGGGUUUGAGUACUCGUCAUGGCUAUUCCCCUCGGGAAGCUCACCAUCCUCAUCGGUGCAGGUCUUGUUGGGUCAGUGCUUGCUAAAGAAGGGGGCUUACCAGAUGUAUCCAAUUUCGUUUCGGGGGCUUUUAAGAUGGUAUUUAGGCAACUGAAACAAGAAGAACCUGCCAAAUCAUCUAGCAAGCCCCGAAAUGAUACACUUAUGGCCCAGGUUAACAGUCUUAGGCGUGAAUUGCAGUUGCUGGGUUCAAACAGACCUAUCACUAUUGUUACGACAGCAGGAUCAGGUGGUAGAAAGUAUGGUCUGAUCAUUAUAAUUGGGGUGAUAGGCUACGGAUAUGUAUGGUGGAAGGGCUGGAAACUUCCAGAUCUUAUGUUUGCUACAAGGCGCAGCUUAUCAGAUGCAUGUAAUAAUGUUGGCACCCAGAUCGAUGGGUUUUACGUAUCACUCAAGGGUACAAAAAAGGAUUUAAGUUCAAAAAUUGAUCAGAUGGGACGUAGUUUGGAUGCGAAUACAGAAAUCAUUCAAGAAACAGGACGGGAGGUGACUAAACUACAGGAUGGUACAGCAAUUAUGAAGGAUGACGUUAAAUCUGUUUUCGAUGCUGUUGAAACUCUGGCAAGCAAAGUCUAUCGUAUAGAGGGAAAUCAGGAUAUCACGCUUAAAGGAGUUGGGGCUCUGCACGCUCAGUGUCGGGAGAACCGAAGAAUUCAAGAGUCCAAUCAGGCUUUGCCAUCAACGACGUCAUUACCAGCCCUCGAGGGAGCUCCUGUGACACCAUCGGCAAGGCAGACUUUAUCUUUGCCUCCUGCUUCUCCCCGUGAAUCCCAGUCAUCUUCAACUUCUAAUGGUGCACAACAGUCUCGUGCUCCACUUCAACACACUCAAUCUAUGUCUGGUUUGAAGGAGAUAAAUGACAGUGGAACACAUUCCGGAGAAACCACGGGAAGCACGAGUUCAGGCCUGUUUAGUAUGUUCUCAAUACCAAGAAUAGGGAGGACUCGUAGUGUGGUCAACACAGUGCCUACUAACUCCAUUGGACCCCAAUAGUUGCUUGUCAAUACCGAAGAGAGAGUUUUGAUCAUUCAAAUAUUAUGAUCAGCAAGCCAGAGAUGGGUAAGUGCUAGUAGAGGAUUUGAAUAGAUUAUGCUGCGGCUAUGUUCGGUCCCUUGCUUAGUGGAGAGAAUGUCAUACAUGGUGCAUAAUUUUUGUAGGGAUGCAACUUAUAUUUAAUUGGAUAUAUAUGUCACAAUUAUUCAGUCUGUUGCUCUGCCCUUUCGUAAUCCAGUUUAUACAAAAGUCGACGAUGGUUUUGUCUGGCCGUCUCUUCUUUUUCCUUUAUGUAUUGAAUAAAAAGGCUGGUCCAUUUGGCAAUAACAUUGUUUCGACCAAAGUUUUCCUUAAUAGUGAAAUAUGAUAAGAGAUUGUAUUA